GGGUGGCGGCGGCGGCAGGCAGGAGCGUGAUAGUGGAGCCGGGGGCCCCCGAGCGGGGGUGGAAAGGCUUCCCCAGUCCGAGGGGCUUCGGAGAAGUUGGGAUGAUUUCGGGUACAUCUCUGUAAAUUAUUAGGAGUGGAAGUUUCCAGAAAUAUUUAGUGCAGCAGCAUUGAAACGUCCGCCUGCAUCACGUGGCCCGCGGUGGAGAGCUUGAGAUCGGGGGAGGGAGGGGCUGCCGAGUCCCUGUUCCUCCCUAAUCUAUGCCAGCAAUUAUGACAAUGUUAGCAGACCAUGCAGCUCGACAGCUGCUCGAUUUCAGUCAAAAACUGGAUAUCAACCUUUUAGACAAUGUGGUGAAUUGCUUAUACCAUGGAGAAGGAGCCCAGCAAAGAAUGGCUCAAGAAGUACUGACACAUUUAAAGGAGCAUCCUGAUGCGUGGACAAGAGUUGACACAAUUUUGGAAUUUUCACAGAAUAUGAACACGAAAUAUUAUGGACUACAAAUUUUGGAAAAUGUGAUAAAAACAAGGUGGAAGAUUCUUCCAAGGAACCAAUGUGAAGGAAUUAAAAAAUAUGUUGUCGGCCUGAUUAUUAAGACGUCAUCUGACCCAACUUGUGUAGAGAAGGAGAAAGUGUAUAUCGGGAAAUUAAAUAUGAUUCUUGUUCAGAUACUGAAACAAGAAUGGCCCAAACACUGGCCAACUUUUAUCAGUGAUAUUGUUGGGGCAAGUAGGACCAGUGAAAGUCUCUGUCAAAAUAAUAUGGUGAUUCUUAAACUCUUAAGUGAAGAAGUAUUUGAUUUCUCUAGUGGACAGAUAACUCAAGUGAAAGCAAAGCAUUUAAAAGACAGUAUGUGCAAUGAGUUCUCACAAAUUUUUCAGCUGUGUCAAUUUGUGAUGGAAAAUUCCCAAAAUGCUCCACUUGUACAUGCAACUUUGGAAACAUUGCUGAGAUUUCUUAACUGGAUUCCGUUGGGUUAUAUAUUUGAGACCAAGUUAAUCAGUACACUUAUUUAUAAGUUUCUGAAUGUUCCUAUGUUUCGAAAUGUCUCUCUGAAGUGCCUCACUGAGAUUGCUGGUGUGAGUGUAAGCCAGUAUGAGGAACAAUUUGUAACAUUAUUUACUCUGACAAUGAUGCAGCUAAAACAGAUGCUACCUUUAAAUACCAAUAUUCGACUUGCAUACUCAAAUGGAAAAGAUGAUGAGCAGAACUUUAUUCAAAAUCUCAGUCUGUUUCUCUGCACUUUUCUUAAAGAACAUGGUCAGCUUAUAGAAAAAAGAUUAAAUCUCAGGGAAACACUUAUGGAGGCCCUUCAUUAUAUGUUGUUGGUAUCAGAAGUGGAGGAAACAGAAAUUUUUAAGAUUUGUCUAGAGUACUGGAAUCACUUGGCAGCUGAACUAUACAGAGAAAGCCCAUUCUCGACAUCUGCUUCUCCAUUGCUAUCUGGAAGUCAACAUUUUGAUGUUCCUCCCAGAAGACAGUUGUAUCUGCCUGUGUUAUCCAAGGUUCGUUUAUUGAUGGUUAGUCGUAUGGCUAAACCGGAGGAAGUAUUGGUUGUUGAAAAUGAUCAGGGAGAAGUUGUGCGGGAAUUCAUGAAGGAUACAGAUUCCAUAAAUUUGUAUAAGAAUAUGAGAGAAACAUUAGUUUAUCUUACUCAUCUGGAUUAUGUAGAUACAGAAAGAAUAAUGACAGAGAAACUUCACAAUCAAGUGAAUGGUACAGAGUGGUCAUGGAAAAAUUUGAAUACAUUGUGUUGGGCAAUAGGCUCUAUUAGUGGAGCAAUGCAUGAAGAGGAUGAAAAACGAUUUCUGGUUACUGUUAUAAAGGAUCUAUUAGGAUUAUGUGAACAGAAAAGAGGCAAAGAUAAUAAAGCUAUUAUCGCAUCAAAUAUCAUGUACAUUGUAGGUCAAUAUCCAAGAUUUUUAAGAGCUCACUGGAAAUUUUUGAAGACUGUAGUUAACAAGCUUUUUGAAUUCAUGCAUGAGACCCAUGAUGGAGUCCAGGACAUGGCUUGUGAUACUUUCAUUAAAAUAGCUCAAAAAUGCCGCCGGCAUUUUGUUCAGGUUCAGGUUGGAGAAGUGAUGCCAUUUAUUGAUGAGAUUUUAAAUAACAUUAACACUAUAAUUUGUGAUCUUCAGCCUCAGCAGGUUCAUACAUUUUAUGAAGCUGUGGGAUACAUGAUUGGUGCACAGACAGACCAAACAGUGCAAGAACAUUUGAUAGAAAAGUAUAUGCUACUGCCCAAUCAAGUUUGGGAUAGUAUAAUUCAGCAGGCAACCAAAAAUGUGGAUAUCCUUAAAGAUCCUGAAACAGUAAAGCAGCUUGGUAGCAUAUUAAAAACAAAUGUUAGAGCCUGCAAAGCUGUUGGACAUCCUUUUGUAAUUCAACUUGGAAGAAUUUAUUUAGAUAUGCUUAAUGUGUACAAGUGCCUCAGUGAAAAUAUUUCUGCAGCUAUCCAAGCUAAUGGUGAGAUGGUUACAAAGCAACCAUUGAUUAGAAGUAUGCGAACAGUAAAAAGGGAAACAUUAAAGUUAAUAUCUGGUUGGGUGAGCCGGUCCAAUGAUCCACAGAUGGUAGCUGAAAAUUUUGUUCCUCCUCUGUUGGAUGCAGUUCUCAUUGAUUAUCAGAGAAAUGUCCCAGCUGCUAGAGAACCAGAAGUGCUUAGUACUAUGGCUAUAAUUGUCAACAAGUUAGGAGGACAUAUUACAGCUGAAAUACCUCAAAUAUUUGAUGCUGUUUUUGAAUGCACAUUGAAUAUGAUAAAUAAGGACUUUGAAGAAUAUCCAGAACACAGAACGAACUUUUUCUUGCUGCUUCAGGCUGUCAAUUCUCAUUGUUUCCCAGCAUUCCUGGCUAUUCCACCUGCACAGUUUAAACUUGUUUUGGAUUCCAUUAUUUGGGCUUUCAAACAUACUAUGAGGAAUGUCGCAGAUACAGGCUUACAGAUACUUUUUACACUCUUACAAAAUGUUGCUCAAGAAGAAGCUGCAGCCCAGAGUUUCUAUCAAACUUAUUUUUGUGAUAUUCUGCAGCAUAUCUUUUCUGUUGUGACAGACACCUCACAUACUGCUGGUUUAACAAUGCAUGCAUCAAUACUUGCAUAUAUGUUUAAUUUGGUUGAAGAAGGAAAAAUAAGUACACCAUUAAAUCCUGGGAAUCCAGUUAACAACCAAAUGUUUAUUCAAGAAUAUGUGGCUAAUCUCCUUAAGUCCGCAUUCCCUCAUCUACAAGAUGCUCAAGUAAAGCUCUUCGUGACUGGGCUUUUCAGCUUAAAUCAGGAUAUUCCUGCUUUCAAGGAACACCUUAGGGAUUUCCUAGUGCAAAUAAAGGAGUUUGCAGGUGAAGAUACUUCUGAUCUGUUUUUGGAAGAAAGAGAAACAGCCCUUCGACAGGCUCAGGAAGAGAAGCAUAAACUUCAGAUGUCUGUCCCUGGCAUCCUUAAUCCACAUGAAAUUCCAGAAGAAAUGUGUGAUUAAAGUUAGAAGUCAUGCUGGGUUGGUCUGGGUUUUUGGGGAGGGUUUUGGGGGGUUUUGUUUUUGUUGUUUUGUUUUGUUUUGUUUUUGGUUGGGGUUUUUUUUUUCUUUCUUGUUUUUGUUUUGGUUUUAUUUUUGGGGUUUUUUUGGGGGGUUUUUUUGUUUUUUUUUUUUUUCCUCUUUUCCUCUGCAACUCUUGUUAGCAGAAGAAAACAGCAUCUGGAUAUUUGUCGACCAAAAUGAUGCCAAUUUGUAAAUUAAAAUGUCACCUAGUGGCCCUUUUCUUAUGUGUUUUUUGUAUAAGAAAUUUUCUGUGAAAUAUCCUUCCAUUGUUUAAGCUUUUGUUUUGGUCAUCUUUAGUUUGCAUGAAGUUAAAAAUUAAGGCAUUUUUAAAAAUUUUACUUCAUGCCCAUUUUGUGGAUGGGAUGGGGGGAGGAGUCAUUCAAUUUGAACAUAUACUACUUGUAAAUUCUAAUGCAAAAUUAUACAAUUUUUCCUGUAAACAAUACCAAUUUUUAAUUAGGGAACAUUUUCUUUCUAGCCUGUAUAUCAGUCUAGAAGAAAAGAUAAUGAGUAAAACAAAUUGCGUUGUUAAAGUGCUGCAUUGUCUGAAGUUAGCAUCUCUUGACUGAAUUGUUUGUCUAGACUACAUGUAUUACAAGUCUGUAUGGCAAGUUUGCAGCAAGAUCAUGUGCAUAUCAUCCCAUUGUAAAGCAACUUCAAAAAAUAUGGGAACACAGUUAGUUAUUUUUACACAGUUCUUUUUGUUUUUGUGUGUGUGUGCUGUCGCUUGUCGACAACAGCUUUUUGUUUUCCUCAAUGAGGAGUGUUGCUCAUUUGUGAGCCUUCAUUAACUCAAAGUGAAAUGGUUAAAAAUAUUUAUCCUGUUAGAAUAGCCUGCAUCUUUUUAACAACUCAUUAAAAAACAAACAAACAAAAAACUCCGGCUUUUGAGAUGACUUAUACUAAUUUACAUUGUUUACCAAGCUGUAGUGCUUUAAGAACACUACUUAAAAAGCAAAAUAAACUUGGUUUACAUUUA